UUUUAGGAAUUUUCAAAAUAUACCAUAGCCGCAGAGAUAAAAAUACCAGCAAAGAGGCAGUUUAGAGAGAGAGUUGGGAGAGGAGAGUGAAAGAGAGAGCAUUUGAAACCUUAUCCAUUUCGCCCCUUUAUAAAAGCAGAUCAAAACUCCAGUUUUGAAGUAUCAAAUUAACAUAACAAAAUCCCCAUUCUUUUUUUCCUCUACACACAAGGGAAGAGAGCAGAGGCAGAAUUGCUCAAGCAAAAAAUUCUGAUCGAUUCAAUGGCUGCGCCGAAAAGCUACUUCCCGAGAGCACACGACCGAUUUCUCCCCACCGAUCGGGAAAUAACGAACAACUCGAUGAUCUUCGAGCUCGACGAAUCGGAGGUGUGGAACUCCGACGGCCGCUCGCAGUCGCCGGAUUUCCGCAAGCAGAGUUCCAGAGUAUCCAGGAAGCCGGCGGCGGCGGCGGCGGCGAGGGGAUCGGCGACAGGACCUGCUUCUCUGCCGGUCAACAUUCCUGACUGGUCGAAGAUCCUGAAGCACGAGUACAGAGACAACCGCCGGAGAGACAGCGACGACGACGACUUCGACUUCGACGAGGACGAGGCGGCGGAGAACGGCGGCCGAGUUCCGCCGCACGAGUUUCUGGCGAGGACUAGGAUCGCCUCGUCGGUGCAGGAAGGGAUCGGGAGGACGCUCAAGGGCAGAGAUCUGAACAGGGUGAGAAACGCGAUUUGGCUGAAAGUUGGGUUUCAGGAUUGAUCGAUUCACCUAUCAAUUUUAUUUUUGGAUUAAUUAAUUAACGGUGAAAUUUUGUGUUGCGGUUUCCUCCUCCUCCUCCUCUUAGUUUCCUUUGUUUUUGUAGCAAAUUUUUGGUUUUUCUUCUUUUAAAUCGAGGGGAAUGCUUUUCUUAUUAUAUGAAAAGCCCUAUUUAACCAUGAGCGAUCGGUAAUCAAGAGUUUGUAUCUGAUUUUCCAUUUGUGUCUGAGAGUAUAUGUAUACAUAUCGGAUUUUCCAAAUUUUAUUGUUAUUAUUGUUAUUUCA